CAAUGAAAUGCCUUUUCUAUAGAACAUAUUGAUUCCAUAUUUAUUGGAUUGUAUUUUUACAGUAGUCUAAAACAAGAAUACAUUUCAUAAAUACACAAGCUACGAAACUCAUGAAGCACUGAAAAUACUAGAAAAAAAAAAGAAAAAAACAGGAAAAGCCAAAGCCAUAUAUUCAUUGCAACUAUUAUAUUUAUCUUAUUACUUACUUAUUGUACAAAGAAAAUUACAUAUAUUUUUCCGAAAUUUCAGUAAAAAGGGUUAAAGAUUUUUUACCAUUGACUUUACUAAUUCAAUUUGCUCAUCAUCAUUCAAAAAUUCCGACUGUUUUAUGCAAUUGCUAAUCAAAAUCGUCGUUGGAAUUGUUUCCGAAUGAGCCCACACACGUCCAUUCAUCCCAACAGCAAUUUCAAACGGAAUAUAAGUACCAAGAGUUUGUAAAAGGGCAUUCUGAGGAGACAAAAGCUUUCUGCAGUGUGAUAACGAUAAUCCGGUAAUCAUAUACCCUUCCUUCAAUUCUCCAAAACCACCAGCUUUUCCUGUGGUCGCAUCUAAACAUUCCAACUCUGGUUCCAUAUCGCGGUCAGCUAAAGAUACGCGGGCAUAUACCAAACUUCCCACAUUCAGAUUUGGUUUGCUUUUUCUGGUAACGUUUUCAAAGGCCAGUGCGUUUAAUUGAGCACUGUGUGCUGAUCCAAUAUCCACUCGAUAACCCUCAGCAAAACGAGAAGUAAUUUGGCCAAUGACCUGAUCAUUCAUAGCAGGAAUAUACUGAAUUUCUGUUAGAACUUUUUCUUAAAAAGGACGAAAGCAAACAUUGAGGUUGUAUUGCAUAGACGCAAUCGUCUUUCUCGGAGUAGUUAUAAGUCUCAAUGUCGAUUUUCCUAUACUAAACACUCUUAGUACUUACUCGUUUCAUUCUUGUAUCCACUAAAACAGUAUUUUUAACUCCCUGAUGUAGAAACCCAGGUCGAGAGACUUUUAUUUCAUCUUCAUGAUCGUGUUUCUGAUGAACUAAACCAGGACCUAAUCGAACAGUUCCUUGUUCCACUAUACUAGAUAACUUUACAUCGUCUCCCGGGAAGUAGUAAGAAGGACCUGAUUCUUUUACUUCUGACAUGUUGUAAAUUUCAAAUUCUUUAUUGCAGUGUUUACUGUGGAUUAAAAAUACCGUUCUACGCAGCGCUAGUGCGAUGUUUUGAAUAUUUGCUUAUUUACUCCUUGGCCAACUGAAAGUAGCCAAGUUAAUAAUGUUUAACGUAUCGUACCAUCUUAAUUUAUUUUCGUUAAUUAAAUAUAACGACAUACAAAUUUUGUUGUUAAUAUCUUCCUAAGAAACUUCCUUAUAAGGUGUUGCCUGGUUACAAUGACCAUCUUCUAUUGACACAAAGCAAUAUAAACAUAUGUCUGAAUGGCAGAUAAUCAGUACUCGUCACCCUUAGAAAGGCUAGACGGAAUUGUAGAGGAUGAAUUCAAUGAUAACCUCUCAAAUACGGUGUUUGAUCCACCAUUCUAUGGACAUCCCAUGUUGAUUCCGCCGUCUCCUUCAUUGACAACGAUGUUGCGUGCGAGGUCUACCACUCCUGAAGGAGACGAAAUUGACGUCUCUGAAAUGGAUCAACAGGAAUGGGAUAUCAUGGUGAAGGUCCCUACUUAUGAGUACUAUGGAUUCGUUCUGUACCUGGUAUCGAUGGUCGCCUUUGGCCUCUUCAUCUGUUGGGCAAUCCUUCCAGCGUCUGCCGUGAAUUAUCUGGAAAUACAGUCUUACCUUUCCCGCUGGUGGGCACUUGCAAUUCCAAGCUGGAUACUGGUGCUGAUUAUUUAUAUCCACGUUGCAUUGACAGCAUACAACACCGAGGUAUUGACAAGGCCUCUCAAUAGCUUGGAAUACUUGGUGGAUCAGUAUUCGCAGGUGGGAGAAGAGGACAGGGCUGCUUGCGGCCGCGUUGUUGACCUUCGCCUGUGCGAUGUAAAUCGUCAACGAUACGAGGCCACAAAUGCAAAGUAAAGGAUGGCUAUAGAAAACCAGAUGAGCUUUCUGUAGUCCUUUCUAUAUAUUUUUUAUUAUACCUUUUAAUGACACAACUUUCCAUGAUAUGUUUACGAAUACGCUGAUCGAAUCGUGAGUUGUCGGUUCUUUCGUUCUAGGAUAAUAGAAUUUAAUGUUAUUUUAUCAUAGUCUUUCAUUAGGUUGACAAGUAGCGGCUA